AUGGCCGACCGAUUCCCUUCAUUAGACGAGAUUGACGCUGGCCAGACCGAAGCGCGCGGUGAUUCAGCAGCCUUCGACCUUGUAGGCGACACUGCCGACGCCGAUGACUUUCUCUCACGCGAGCGCGCUCUCCUUGGCGACGACGCCGACCAGUUUGCUUCAGAAAACGACCGGACAGCCACCGUCGAGGAUGGAGAGGACGACCUCUUGGGCGGAGGCUUCAGCCAGGCCCAGGCUGGUGGUGAGGAAAUGAGUGGUUUCGAGAGCUCCUUCCCUGCCAUUGACACUACCAACGAGCACAUGGCCCCUGGCGGUACCAUUACUGGAUCAAGCCUGCCCUUCCUUCCCGGCCAGCCAGCCCCAUCAUUCACUCCCCAGCGAUCAGACUCCCCAGAGCCCGAUGUCAUUCGAGAGUGGCGCGAGCGCCGCGACCUCCAAAUCCAGCAUCGCGAUGAAGUAGCCGAGGAGCGCAAGCAGAGCACGAUCAAGGAGGCCCAGCAAAAUAUUGACGAUUUCUACGAGAACUACAACAACAAGAAGGAGAAGGAGAUUGCCAAGACACGGAAAGAGGCAGAAGAGUUUCUUGCAAACCGAGACGACACCACCGCGGGUGGAACCAGCUGGGAACGCAUCGCGAAGUUGGUCGACUUGAGUGGAAAGGGUACAAAGGGUGGUGCGUCAGGCAGCGACAAGGCACGGUUCAGGGAGCUGCUCCUCAGCCUGAAGAAGGACGAGAAAGCACCAGGCGCAACCGGAUAUUAG